AUGGGCGGCAACAACAAAAGCCAAACCCCGCCGCUUCUUCCCACCAACACCGGAUCAUCGUCAAUCCCACUCACUUCCGGUCUCUCCAUCGGGUCAGGCAACUACUACGUGAAACUCGGGAUCGGAUCCCCGGCCAAAUACCACGCGAUGCUGAUGGACACGGGGAGCUCUCUUUCGUGGAUGCAGUGCAAGCCCUGCGUCAUCUACUGCCACUCCCAGGCCGACCCUGUUUUCGAUCCCUCUGCUUCUUCCACCUACUCCAAGCUAUCCUGCGCCACGCCUGAGUGCUCUUCGCUCAAGGCCGCCACGUUGAAUGAUCCAGCCUGCGAGGCUGAUUCCAAUGCUUGUAUCUACACUGCGAGCUACGGUGACGCCUCCUAUUCCAUCGGCUACCUUGGCAAAGACGUCCUCAACCUUUCCCCUGCAGCUGGCUCUGGCUCGCAGCAGAGGUUUACUUUCGGGUGUGGGCAGGAUAACCAAGGCCUCUUUGGCAGGGCUGCUGGGAUUCUUGGAUUGGCGCGCGACAAGCUCUCCUUCUUAUCCCAACUGCUGCAGGUAGCUUCUAAUGGCUUCUCGUAUUGCCUCCCGACCGCAACUCCAGCGGCGUCAUCCUCCGGUGGAGGCUACUUAUCACUCGGCAGCUCCGCCUUGUCAUCCCUACCCUACAAAUUCACACCGAUGCUCACCGAUCCCAAAAACCCUUCCCUCUACUUCCUCGACCUCACCGCCAUCACUGUCGCGGGGAAGCCGUUGCCGGUCAGCCCAGACUCCUACAGAGUCCCAACGAUUCUGGACUCCGGGACUGUGAUCACACGAAUCCCCGCCGCCGCCUAUACGGCGCUGCAGGCCGCCGUGGUGAAGGCGGUCUCGGGGAAGUUCGCUCAGGCUCCCGCGUAUUCCAUACUGGAGACUUGCUUCAAGGGGAAGCUGAGCGAGAUGGCGGCGGCAGUUCCCCGGGUCGGGCUGGUGUUCCGGGGCGGGGCGGGCUUGGAUCUGCUGCCCCGGAACCUGCUGGUGGAGGUUCCAGAGGACGGGAUCACUUGCUUGGGCUUUGCCAAGAGUCCCACAAUUGCCAUCAUUGCCAACCGUCAGCAGCAGACGGUCAACGUGGCCUACGAUGUUGCCAACUCCAGGAUUGGCUUCGCUCCCGGUGGCUGCCAUUGA